AUGGAUUCCUUGACACUAUUCGUGUCCGUGCUGGCGUUGCCGUUGGGACUGCUGGUCUUGCGCACGGUGUACCAUCUGUACUUCCAUCCGCUGUCCAAGUUCCCCGGUCCAAAACUCGCUGCUGCAACCUUUUUCUACGAGUUUUAUUAUGAUGUUGUCAAAAGCGGCAUGUACAUCUGGGAGAUUGAGCGCAUGCACGAGAAAUAUGGCCCAAUCGUACGCAUCAAUCCACGAGAAAUCCACAUCAGAGACUCAUCCUACUACGACGAAAUUCAUGCCGGCGCAUCGCGCAAACGCUCCAAAGACCCCAAAUACGCCAUAGCCUUCGGCGCGCCCAACUCCCUCGUAGGAACAAUAACCCACGACCACCACCGCUUCCGUCGCAGCCUGCUGAGCAACUACUUCUCCAAGCGCUCGGUGGUAGACCUUGACUUCGCUGCGUUGACCGCCGAUGUCAUUACCGACUACUGUUACGGCUGGAGCUACGGCUACCUGGAUGGCGAGAAGGGGUCGGUGAGCAACGACCUCGUCGACGCUGUCAACGGGCUGAUGGUUAUGAUCCACAUUAACCGGUUCUUCCCGUUCCUCAUUUCCAUUUUCAGGAAUGCACCGCCUACCCUGCUGCGCUGGCUGCAGCCGAACAUGGCGGAUUUGUUUGAUGUGAAGGCCAGGCUGAGACAGCAGGCGGAUGAUACUCUGCAGAAGCAAGGUCUGAAGAAGGUUGAUUCUGAGGCGAGAUCGACUAUAUUUGAUGCGCUGACGAAUUUGGAGUUGCCUGAGAACGAGAGGACGCUUGAUCGGCUGGAGGAUGAGUCUGCGCUGUUGCUUGGCGCUGGUACGGAGACUACGGCUCGGUCUAUUACUGUCGCGAUGUUUUAUCUCAUUCAUAAUAAGGAGAUUAUGGCGAAGCUGCGGGCGGAGCUGAAGACUGUGCUGCCGACUCCGCUGUCCAAGGCUUCUUGGGUGGAUUUGGAGAAAUUGCCAUACUUGACGGGUGUCGUCAAUGAAGGCCUGCGUCUCAGCCACGGCAUGACAGCCCGGCUGGCGCGUGUUUCACCGACCGAACCCAUGCUCUACAAGGAUUGGGUUAUUCCUGCAGGGACUCCGGUUAGCCAGUCGAACUACUUCGUCCACAUGGAUCCCACGCUCUUCCCUGAGCCAGAGAAAUUCGACCCGGAGCGUUGGAUCCGCGCGGCAGAGAAGGGUGAGUAUCUGAGUCGGUAUAUUGUCUCGUUUACCAAAGGGAGCAGACAAUGUCUGGGGAUGAACCUUGCCUAUGCGGAGAUAUACCUAUCUUUGGCACAUAUCGCUCGUCGCAUCGACUUUGCGUUGUACGAGACUACUACUGAUAAUAUCUGCGUUUAUCGUGAUAUGGGAACUGGGUGUCCAGAGGUUGGUUUGUUUGGUGUGAGGGCUACGGUGGAGGGUCUUGUGGAGGAGUAA